ACGUCACAGCAAAACGACGCCAAACAUCGAACUAUUAGUGACAGAUUCAGAUUGAACUGAUCACUCUUGGUCUCAACUCCGCAAAUGUCAGCAGUAAGGAACACCCUGAAUUAUUCUUGUCCAUCUCUACCGCAGUCUAUAAUAAUUGCAGAAAUGAUGUCAGUUAAAACUGCUCGGCAUUUUGUACAAGCACCCGCCAUCUACAGCGCCAGCAGAGGCCAGGAUUAUACCUUGGAGCCUGAGUGUGGCAUCAGUAUUGGAUGCAGUGAUCCAAUUUACCAGAAUUUCAGCCUCAAUGCUGCUACUAGAGACAUGUCAGCACCUGAGAUCUGUUCUUCCACCGUCAGCCUGCCACAGGGUGUAGCAACCAUGAGCUCACCAAGCUCUCUGCACAGCUCUCAGGAAGUUACUGAGGUGACCUCACACAAGAGGGAGCUCCGCCUGAUGAAGAACAGGGAAGCUGCACAGAAAUGCCGACGCAAGAAGAAAGAGUAUGUCAGAUCUCUUGAAAAUCGUGUGACUUUGCUGGAAAAGCAAAACAAGGCACUCAUCGAAGAACUUGAGGCCUUAAAAGAUUUGUACUGUCAUUUUAAUUACUGAAUAAAUUUAAGGAAAAGUACUUUUCACUCUGUCUGUUUACUACUUGCAAAUGCAAAA